AUGUCUAAUAACAGCUCUGUUGCUGUUGGCUCUUUCCAGCAACAGAUAAGCUUCCGUGUUUUGCUCGUUCAGAUUUUGGUGGCUAUUUUUCUGUGCAUCAACAUGUUGCUCAUUGUGACGUUCUUCAAGAAGGAGUGCUUCCACACCAGCACUCGGUAUAUUUUAUUUGCUGUGAUGUUGAUGUCGGACAGUUUUGUGCUUGUACUUUCCAAUCUUAUGGUGCUCGUAAACUUUCUUCAGUUCACCAUACAGGUGUGGUUGUGUACCGUCAUUUCCAUUGUCACGUUGCUCUAUGUUGCGGUCACACCUGUGACUCUGACAGCUAUGACUCUGGAGCGUUACGUGGCCAUUUGCCUGCCACUGCGGCACGCAGAGCUCUGCUCCACACGCAGGUCAAUGCACUGUAUCCUCGUCAUUCACGGUAUCAGCUCCGUUCCCUGUUUACUGACUUUCUCCAUAUUCUUUGCAACAGCUUCUUUUGAACUUUACCAACAAAGAGCGUUGAGUUCGGUGGACAUGUUCCUUUUACAACCGUGGCAGCGCCACUUUAGGUCUGCCAUAAGUCAGUUUUACUUUUUCAUCAUGUGCAUCAUCUUAGUUUUCUGCUAUAUUCAGAUUGUCAAAGUGGCCAAAGCUGCAUCUGGAGAGAAUAAACAGUCGACACAGAAAGGAAUGAGAACCGUGAUUCUUCACGCCUUCCAGCUGCUGCUCUGCCUCAUCCAGCUGUGGAGCCCGUUCACUGAAGAUGCUGCUCUUAAAGCUGAUUUUACUUUGUUCAUGGACAUCCGAUACUGUAACUACUUAUUAUUAAGUGUGGCACCGAGAUGUCUGAGUCCUCUGAUUUAUGGGCUCAGGGAUGAAAUGUUUUUUCUUGCACUUAAAAACAAUAUCUGCCUCAGGUUUGAUAAAAGAUACACAUUCUAAGUGGUACUAAGGAUAAUGAGUACAAAGUGUGAAAUAAGCACAGAAAGUCAUUUUUACUCUAUAAAUAUUUAUA